UCCGCUACAUCUGCGUUUUAUUUCAGACUAAACCCAGCCUCCCCGACACGAUGAGCGCUGCAGGCUGUUUGGUGCCGGGGUUUCACCGUCAGUUCGGCUUCUUCAACUGCAUCAGGAACAGGUCGGAGAGCCGGCGUGUCCUUGUCGACAACGAAGAGACGUCCGACACCCAGGUCGAGCAGUACACCACGCCAUCUGAGCUGUCUUGUGAAACCUGCACACUAGAUAACUCGCCACUUUUCAAACAGCUAGCACCACCGGUUACUAUCUUCCGGGCACUACCUAUAAGAAAGACAAACUGCACCUACAUACGCUAUAAUCACCAUAUAGACGAUGAUGAGUACGAAGCGACACAUAGCAAAUUACUUUGUAACAGCACACGCAUUGACCUUCUGAAUGACUGCUGCAGUGGUGACACAUAUGUGGCGCAUUGCCAGAGCGAUCUGUACAUUUCUAACGGGCGAACCGUCUUGUCCACAGCAAACGUGAAGGUAGGCAUUUGCAGGUCUUCGUCGUCCGCCAACGAAAAACUUUCUCUAAAGAACGCCGACAUGGAUAGAGUCAUCCGAUGCAAAAGUGAAGGGAACUUUGACCUAAUUAAGCCGGAAGGACCCAUGCUGAUAAAGAGCUUCCACAGUGAACAUGAAAUAAAACAUGCGGGUGACGCUGUCGCUUCAGCUGACGAUAGAUCAACUGACAAAGAACGUGAUGCUGAUGUCAUCACGCACGCAGGCGAUACGGUAGACCUUGCCGUGACGAAGGUAGGACAGGACAGUAGCUAUGACGUCUUGUCGCGCGCAGGAGACAAUGUUCUGGAGGCCGAUGACAUCUGUGAGGAGAAUCAAAAACUUAUUCCAAAAUCUCUUCCUCCAGACGAAAAUGCUGUCUUUAAUGUGAAAGCCAGCAGAAGUGAGCCAGUCUCCCUGCAGAGAGCCGCUCACAAUGUCCUGUCUCUUCCGACUAAGUUAGGAGCACAUUUCGUAGAAAAGACAGCGACAGAAAGAAAAAGUAAACUGAGAGAAAUUAGAAAAUUAUUCAAGAACAAAUCCGGGACAGACGGCAUUGAGAUGGAGACCUUCGCCGUGCCGGAUGACAAGGACAGCGAUAACAGAGCAGAACUGACGAGUUUUAUCCAAGGUGAACAGGAAGAUGGCGGAAGCAUCAAAGCGCGCUGGAAGAGAUUCAGGUCGGAAAAGUCUAGUAAAAUUGAACCCGAGUCCAUAACAAGAAUGUUGAGUAGGCAAACACAAUGUGUGGAUAUUUGUGAAAAUGUUGGUGGGGAACGAAGCCCGGGUGAUCAGAAAACAUCACCUGGAGAUGAACUGGGAGAACCAGAGAAGGAGACAACACAAGGGGCGGCGUCAACUCUGUCAAUGCCUUCUAACAACCUUGCCGAAACAUCUGAUGGCCGGUCUACGUGUGACGAUGUCGCUCAGAGGCCAAGUUCACUGUUUAUCAAGACUUCACAAUGUGACCUUCAAGAUUUGGGGGCAACUUCUGUUGAAUUACCAGAAGUCACCGAUGUCUAUGAAGCUGCCAUGCUGAUUUGCACAAAAGACAGAAAGGCUAGCAAAGUAACAACGGCGUCAAGAUUUAAGCUUUACAUCUCUGGGAAAACAAAGUCCACAGAAGACAUGGGCUAUGAAGGGUUUAGGAAGACUCAGACAGGAAAGCGUUCCCGCAUGAAGAGUUAUCAUUCUCAGCCUGAGCUCCGUGCGUGUCAGGUGGAACACCAGGGCCGCGUGCCCGUCCUGUGUCACAAGUCCUCUCCUCAGUACAUCGUCAAGGAACCUGUCAUCAAGAAAUCCCCGCAGACUUGUGAACAGAACGCACCUCUCCUCCGGCUCAAGAACCGGCUCUUCAAGCAGAAAGCCCCGCUGUUGGCAGGAGGGAAGUUGAAGUUCAACCUCGCCCCACCGUCCCUGGCAAAUACUGCUCCGUACAAAGUCAAGGUCAACACGCCGAGGCUGCAGCCUUCUAGUCGGCGACAUUCGGAUGGUUGAACAUUCCAUAGAGACUCUCUCCCAGGGAGACGAGUUAAGGGAGAACUUGUGUGUAUGCAUAUAUUACAGCGGAUAGAGCAAUGUACACUGUAUUUAAUUUAGCAGUUGUUAUAUUACAGUGGAUA